AUGUCAGAGCACAAACCAAGCCAUGAAGUCCAAGGAAUUGACCUCCGAGACAAGAUUGUAUUAAGGCACAGAUUUGGGCUGUGUAGAGUGAGACCACCGGUUUGCCUCCAUACCAGUUACUAUGCAUGGAAAGCCUGUCCAGGAGUUGGAAGGUCAUUCAGACUCCUAGGAGAGGCAGGGACAAUUCAUCCAAAGAGGCUGCUUGCUUUCCAUCCACCAAAGCGAGAAAAGAAAAUGCUAUCACACAGCUCCCUGCAGAAAGAAAGACAGGCGCAAGCCUCAGCCAUUAUGAGGGAAAUCCAAGGAAAUGAGUUGGAAAGCAUUGACUUUGGAAAAAAGAUAAGUGUGCCUAAGGACAUCAUGUUGGAGGAACUGUCUAUGCUAAGCAACCGAGGGGCAAGGCUUUUUAAGAUGCGACAAAGGAGAUCUGACAAGUACACUUAUGAAAACUUUCCAUAUGAAAUGAGGCCACAGACACAGACAAAUAUAAGUCAAAAUCAGAUACAGCAGAAUGGAAACACAGAAGGAAUUUCAACUGGAUCUGCACAACAGACAACUCCACAGACACCACCUAACACUCCUGAUCCUCGAAGUCACCCAAACCCAGAAACGAUUGCACCAGGAUACACUGGUCCACUUAAAGAAGUGCCACCAGAAAAAUUUAAUGAGACAGCAGUUCCUAAAUACUAUAUGUCCCCCUGGCAAGAAGCUAUUGUCAAUGAACCUGAACUACUGGAAGAUUUGUACCCCAAGAUGCCCACACCAGGGGAUACGAUGCUGCCUCCUGACUUCAGAAGUUUUAACAGGGCGGCUACUCCAUUUGGUGGGUUUGAAAAAGCAUCCAAGAUAAUUACAUUCAAGAUGCCAGAAUUCGACAUGUCACCUAUGAAUGACUUCACAUUUGAUAUGAUACCAAACGCCUUAAUGUCAAGGAAAUCCUUUAAUAGAGCACCUCAAGGAUGGACAUCUCAACAUCCCAACAUUAUAGUGUCCACUGACAUCCUCUUCAACCCUGAAGUUCCAGAGACUGAUGAUCUGUGAAUAAAAAUUGUUUUGUCCAGAAACUCUACUUAGAAAGCAAACUGUAUACAAAUAUACUUAACUGCCAUUUAGAAUAUUA